UUAGAAAUCCAAAAGCGCCCCACUCAUUAAAGUGUUUUAUAAAAAACAUAAAAAUGUUUUAAAUCAUUUAUAAUUUUAAAUAUUUUUUUUAAUUCAAAGCUUAAAAAAAAACAAACAAAUAGAAAUUAUGUUUUAAGCCUUUUUUGUCGAAGAUUUAUGGCAAAAACACAAAAUAUGCAAUAUUUUCCCCAAAAAUUAACAUUUGAUGUGAAGUAAUUGGAGCGUCAAAUAGGUCAAUAAUUCACCAUUAAUUUUAUUACCUUUUAAUUUUUUGAGCAAUGACAGUUAAAAAAAACCCCAAAACAAAAAUCACAAAAAUUCUUGGGGAUCUAAAAGCGCCCCACUCAUAAAAGUGUUAUAUAAAAGUCAUAAAAAUGUUAAAAAUAUAUAUUAUCUUAAAUUAAUUCAAAGCUUACAGUAAACGUCUCAACUUCAGGUCGGUUGAUAAAAAAGUAAAAAAUAAAAAUAGAAAUUAUGUUUUAAGUCCUUUUUGUCAAAGAUUUAUGGCAAAAACACAAAAUAUGCAAUAUUUAACCACCCAACAUUUUUUAAUUGAAACAAUUGAUGUGGAGUAAUUAUAGCCUCAAUUAGGUCUAUAAUUCAUCAAUAAUUUUAUUUAAUUUUCAUUUUUUUGAGCAAUGAAAAAUUUAAAAAAUUUAAAAUAAAAAAAAAAACACAAAAAUUCUUAUGAAUCCAAAAGUGCCCCACUCAUAAAAGUGUUAUAUAAAAGUCAUAAAAAUGUUAAAAAAUAUUAAAUUAAUUCAAAGCUUAUAGUAAAUGUCUCAACUUCAGGUCGGUCGAUAAAAAAUUAAAAUAGAAAUUAUGUUUUAAGCCCUUUUUGUCAAAGAUUUAUGGCAAAAACACAAAAUAUGCAAUAUUUUCCCUAAAAAUUAAUAUUUGAUGUGAAGUAAUUGGAGCCUCAAAUAGGUCAAUAAUUCACCAUUAAUUUUAUUACAUUUAAAUUUUUUGAGCAAUGACAGUUAAAAAAAACCCCAAAACAAAAAUCACUAAAAUUCUUGGGGAUCUAAAAGCGCCCCACUCAUAAAAGUGUUAUAUAAAAGUCAUAAAAAUGUUAAAAAUAUAUAUUAUCUUAAAUUAAUUCAAAGCUUACAGUAAACGUCUCAACUUCAGGUCGGUUGAUAAAAAAGUAAAAAAUAAAAAUAGAAAUUAUGUUUUAAGCCCUUUUUGUCAAAGAUUUAUGGCAAAAACACAAAAUAUGCAACAUUUAACCACACAACAUUGUUUAAUUGAAACAAUUGAUGUGGAGUAAUUAUAUUCUCAAUUAGGUCAAUAAUUCAUCAAUAAUUUUAUUUAAUUUUCAUUUUUUUGAGCAAUGAAAAAUAAAAAAAUAAAUUUUUUUUUAAAAACACAAAAAUUCUUAUGAAUCCAAAAGUGCCCCACUCAUAGAAGAGUUAUAUAAAAGUCAUAAUAUUUUUAAAAAAAUAUUAAAUUAAUUCAAAGCUAUUAGUAAAUGUCUCAACCUCAGGUCGGUCGAUAAAAAAUAAAAAUAGAAAUUAUGUUUUAAGCCCUUUUUGUCAAAGAUUUAUGGCAAAAACACAAAAUAUGCAAUAUUUUCCCCAAAAAUUAAUAUUUGAUGUGAAGUAAUUGAAGCGUCAAAUAGGUCAAUAAUUCACCAUUAAUUUUAUUACCUUUUAAUUUUUUGAGCAAUGACAGUUAAAAAAAACCCAAAACAAAAAUCACAAAAAUUCUUGGGGAUCUAAAAGCGCCCCACUCAUAAAAGUGUUAUAUAAAAGUCAUAAAAAUUUUAAAAAUAUAUAUUAUCUUAAAUUAAUUCAAAGCUUACAGUCAACGUCUCAACUUCAGGUCGGUUGAUAAAAAAGUAAAAAAUAAAAAUAGAAAUUAUGUUUUAAGCCCUUUUUGUCAAAGAUUUAUGGCAAAAACACACAAUAUGCAAUAUUUAACCACCCAACAUUUUUUGAUUGAAACAAUUGAUGUGGAGUAAUUAUAGCCUCAAUUAGGUCAAUAAUUCACCAAUAAUUUUAUUUUAUUUUCAUUUUUUUGAGCAACGACAAAUAAUUAUUUUUUUUAAAAACACUAAAAUUCUUAUGGAUCCAAAAGUGCCCCACUCAUAAAAGUGUUAUAUAAAAGUGAUACAAAUGUUAAAAAAUAUUAAAUUAAUUCAAAGCUUACAUUAAAUGUAUCAACUUCAGGUCGGUCGAUAAAAAGUAAAAAAUAAAAAUAAAAAUUAUGUGUUAAUCCCUUUUUGUCAAAGAUUUAUGGCAAACACACAAAAAAUGCAGUAUUUUCCCAAAAAAAUAUUUCAAAGUGAAAUAUUUGAUAUGAAGUAAUUGGAGCCUCAAAUAGGUCAAUAAUUCACCAUUAAUUGUAUUUAACUUUUAUUUUUUUGAGCAAUGACAAACCCACUAAAAUUCUUAGGGAUCCAAAAGCGCCCCACUCAUAAACAUUUAAAAAAUAUACAUUAUUAAUAAAUAAAAAUAGAAAUUGUUUUAAGCCUUUUUUGUCAAAGAUUUAUGGCAAAAACACAAAAUAUGCAAUAUUUAACCCCUUAAAAUUUUUCAAGUGGAAUAUUUGAGAUAGGUCAAUAAUUCAUGACAUUGAUUUUAGUUUUUUUUAGUUUUUUUGAGCAAUGACAAUUAAAAACAACAACAAAAACACUAAAAUUCUUGGGGAUCCAUAAGCACCCCACUCAUAAUUUUUUUAAAUAUAUACAUUAUUUUAAAUAUUUUUUUAAUUCAACGCUUACAGUAAAUAUCUCAACUUCAGGUCGGUCAAUAAAAGGUUAAUAAAUAAAAAUAGAUAUUAUGUUUUAAGCCUUUUUUGUGGAAUUUUAUGGAAAAAACACAAAAUAUGCAAUAUUUAACCUCCUAAAUUUUUUUAAGUGAAAUAUUUGAUUUGAAGUAAUUGGAUCCUCAAAUAGGUCAAUAAUUCAUCUUUGAUUUUAUUUUAUGUUUUUUUUUUGGAGCAAUGACAAUUCAAAAACAAAAUUAAAAAAACACUAAAAUUCUUGGGGAUCCAAAAGCACCCCACUCAAAAAAGUGUUAUAUAAAAUACAUAAAAAUGUUAAAAAUAUAUACUAUCUUAAAUGAAUUCAAAGCUUACAGUAAAUAUCUUAAAGUAAAAGUAAAAAAUAAAAAGAGAAAUUAUGAAUCCAAAAGCAUAAAAAUGUAAAAAAUAUUUAUUAUUUUAAAUAUUUAUUUAAUUCAACGCUUACAGUAAAUGUCUCAACUUCAGGUCGGUCGAUACAAAGUUAAUAAACAAAAAUAGAAAUCAUGUUUUAAGCCUUUUUUGUCAAAGAUUUAUGGCAAAAACACAACAUUUGCAAUAUUUAACCUCAUAAAAAAAAUUUAAGUGAAAUAUUUGAUUUGAAAUAAUUUAAUCCUCAAAUUGGUUAAUAUUUCAUCAUUGAUUUUAUUUUUUUUAUUUUUUUUUAGCAAUGACAAUUAAAAAAAAAAAAAAUCCACUAAAAUUCUUGGUGAUCCAAAAGCACCCCACUCAUAAAAGUCUGUUAUGUCUUUUUAUAAAAGACAUAAAAAUGUUUAAAAAUAUAUAUAUAUAUAUCUUAAAUGAAUUCAAAGCUUACAGUAAAUGUCUAAUGUAUUAUUAUUUAUUUAUUAGCCUUUAUUUAACCAGGUAAAAUCCCAUUGAGAUCAGAGAUCUCUUUUCCAAGGGAGACCUGGCCAAGAGGGCAGCAGCAAGGUUACAUUAAAAACAGUAAACAAAUACAUAAAACAUCACAUUUACGACAUUAAAACUUGCUCACAUAACACAUGUGCAUACAGACAAGGUAGACUGCAAUCCUUUCACAGAAGCUUUAAACUCAUUCAACGUAACAAGGGUUUGAAGUUUAAUAUUCGAUUGUAGGUUAUUCCAAGCCUUCGCUGCUGAAAACCUAAAUGCUUUCUUGCCCAGUUCAGUUCUUACUUUGGGGACGACAAAUUGCAGAACAUUCGUUGAACGAAGAUUGUGACUUCCUUGUUUCUUUGUUAAAAGACAAGACAACUAAAACUAAAAGUAAAAAAUAAAAACAGAAAUUAUGAAUCCAAAAGCGCCCCACUCAUAAAAACUUUAAAAAUAUACAUUAUUUUAAAUAUUUUUUUAAUUCAGCGCUUACAGUAAAUGUCUCAACUUCAGGUCGGUCGAUACAAAGUUAAUAGAUAAAAAUAGAAAUGAUGUUUUAAGCCUUUUUUGUCAAAGAUUUACGGCAAAAACACAAAUUAUGCAAUAUUUCAUCAUUGAGUUUAUUUAAUGUUUUUUAUUUUGAGCAAUGACAAUUAAAAAACAAAAAAAAAGACACUAAAAUUAUUUGGGAUCCAAAAGCGCCCCACUCAUAAAAGUGUUAUAUAAAAGACAUAAAACAGUUAAAAAAUAUAUAUUAUCUUAAAUUAAUUCAAAGCUUACAGUAAAUGUCUAAAAGUAAAAAAUAAAAACAGAAAUGAUGAAUCCAAAAGCGCCCCACUCAUAAAUAUGUAAAAAAAAUAAUAAUUCAACGCUUACAGUAAAUGUCUCAACUUUAGGUCGGUCGAUAAAAAGUUAAUAAAAAAAAAAGAAUGUUAUGUUUUAAGCCUUUUUUGUCAAAGAUUUAUGGCAAAAACACAAAAUGUGCAAUAUUUAACCUCCUAAAACUCCUAAAAAAAAUAUAAGUGAAAUAUUUGAUUUGAAGUAAUUGGAUCCUCAAAUAGGUCAAAAUGUCAUCAUUGAUUUUAUUUUGGGGCUUUUUGGAGCAAUGACAAUUAAAAAUAAAAUAAAAUAAAAUCCACUAAAAUUCUUGGGGAUCCAAAAGCACCUCACUCAUAAAAGUGUUAAAUAUAUACAUUAUUUUAAAUAAUAAAAGACAUAAAAAUGUAAAAAAAAAAAAAAAUAUUAUCUUAAAUAAAUUCCAAGCUUUAUAGCAAAUGUCUAAAAGUAAAAGUAAAAACAGAAAUUAUGUUUUAAGCCUUUUUUGCCAGAGUUAUGGCAAAAACACAAAAUAUGCAGUAUUUAACCCCUUAAAAAUUUUCAAGUGAAUUAUUUGAUGUGAAGUAAUUGGAUCCUCAAAUAGGUCAAUAAUUCACCAUUGAUUGUAUUUAACUUUUCUUUUUUUUAACAAUGAAAAUUAAAAAAAACAAAUUAAAAAAAAAACACUAAAAUUCUUAGGGAUCCAAAAGCGCCCCACUCAUAAAAGUGUUGAAUAUAUACAUUAUUUUUAAUAAUAAAAUACAUAAAAAUGUUAAAAAUAUAUAUAUUAUCUUAAAUUAAUUCAAAGCUUUAUAUUAAAUGUCUAAAAGUAAAAAAUAAAAACUGAAAUCAUGUUUUAAGCCCUUUUUGCCAAAGAGUUAUGGCAAAAACACAAAACAUGCAAUAUUUAACCCCAAAAAAUAUUUAUAUGUGAAUUACUAUUGAUUUUAUUUAUUCGAGCAAAGACAGUUUAAAAAAAAACAGUCUGCAAGGCAGCUUUUUAUUCCACUUUUUGUUGUUGUUUUUAAGAUGUGAUUGUCAGAAGGAGUCAUGGAGGAGUAUGUCAACAAAAUGAGGUUUAACGUGCGCGGCUGAAUGAGUUAAAGCUGGAAGGAGAGCGCGUAAACAAUGAGCGGCAAGGAGAUGAUGCAGCGCUCGUCGCCACGGUGACUGAGUGAGUAGGCGGGGCUGUGAGGUCUUUGCAGGCUGCAGACUCUCUGCCAGUGUGGAGCGUUGGCGAGGGAGGAAAAGACGCACGCCAGCGCCGGUCUGAGCUCUCUCUUGUCUCUUCUGCUCGCCUCGCCUGGCUGGCAGCAUCCACCCUCCGCCCGGGGCUUCUCGUAAGCACGCCCUGCCCUUUUGUCCCGCCCGUCGCCCCCAUGAUGAAGGAGGAGGGCCUGCUGGGGCGUCGCCGUUUCUCCACGUGCGGCGGCACGGCCUCGCUGCGACCGCCACACCCGGACGGACGCAAACUGAUCCGCAACGCCUCCUUCGGGGGCUACAACGAGCUGUCGCCCGCGUCGCUGCCAGGUUUCGAAAGAGGGAAAGAAGACCUUUUGUCACUGCCUUUGAAAGAGGACUCCAUUUCCAUCUCUAAAAGCAAGUCUGAGAGCAAACUGUACAACGGCUCGGACAAAGAUGUGUCAGCAACGUCCGGAGGCAAGCUCACCAAGAAGGAGUCCCUCAAGGUGCAGAAGAAGAACUACAGGGAGGAGAAGAAGAGAGCAACCAAAGAGCUGCUCAGCACCAUCACUGACCCUUCUGUCAUCGUCAUGGCCGACUGGCUGAAAAUCCGCGGAACCUUAAAAAGUUGGACCAAGCUGUGGUGCGUUCUAAAGCCAGGAGUUCUGCUCAUUUACAAAACCCACAAGAACGGGCAGUGGGUGGGCACGGUGCUGCUCAACGCCUGCGAGCUCAUCGAGAGACCCUCCAAGAAGGACGGCUUCUGCUUCAAGCUCUUCCACCCUUUGGAACAAUCCAUCUGGGCCGUCAAGGGUCCUAAAGGAGAGGCGGUGGGCUCCAUCACUCAGCCGCUACCCAGCAGCCACCUCAUUUUCCGCGCCGCUUCUGAGUCUGAUGGCCGAUGCUGGAUGGACGCCCUGGAGCUGGCGCUGAAAUGUUCCAGCCUGCUGAAAAGAACCAUGAUCCGGGAGGGGAAGGAAGACCUGAGCACUGUGGCCACGGGAGGAGACCACUCGCUGAACUUCUACAGCCUCCUGCGAGCACACAACAUGCACGGCUUCCAGUUCAACGACAGCGACCACUUGAAAGACCCGGACCUUUACUCGGACAAGUCGGACCGGGAGGGGGAGCAGGACCACGAGGAGUCGGACCCGGAAGGUUUGGAGAAGAGCGAGGAGAGCGACAGCGACACGUCGGAGCGGCAAGACGACUCGUACGUGGACCUGGACCCCAACGAACAUGUGCGGGAAACGUCCUACUUGGAGCAGUCGCACGAGGAACUGGGAGAGGCCGGUGAGGCAGCCCAGACAGAGACGGUGUCGGAGGAGAACAAGUCCUUGAUCUGGACUCUACUGAAGCAGGUGCGGCCCGGUAUGGAUCUGUCCAAGGUGGUGCUGCCCACCUUCAUCCUGGAACCCAGGUCCUUCCUGGACAAACUGUCAGACUACUACUACCAUGCAGACUUCCUGUCAGAGGCUGCGGUGGAGGAGAACGCCUACAACCGCAUGAAGAAGGUGGUCAAGUGGUACAUCUCUGGCUUCUACAAAAAGCCAAAGGGCUUGAAGAAGCCGUACAACCCCAUCAUCGGAGAGACCUGCCGCUGCCUGUGGCUCCACCAGAACACCUCCAGCAAGACCUUCUACAUCGCAGAGCAGGUGUCCCACCAUCCCCCCGUGUCGGCCUUCUACGUCAGCAACAGGAAGGAUGGCUUCUGCCUGAGUGGGAGCAUCCUGGCCAAGUCCAAGUUCUACGGGAACUCCUUGUCGGCCAUUUUGGACGGCGAGGCCAGGCUCACCUUUCUGAACCGAGGAGAAGACUACGUGAUGAACAUGCCGUAUGCGCACUGCAAAGGCAUCCUGUACGGCACCAUGACACUGGAGUUAGGCGGUCAGGUGACCAUCGCCUGUGAGAAGACAGGAUACAGUUCUCAGCUGGAAUUCAAACUCAAGCCGUUCCUGGGCAGCAGCGAUUGUGUCAAUCAGGUGUGCGGCAAGAUCAAGCUGGGCAAGGAAGUGUUGGCCACGCUGGAAGGACACUGGGACAGUGAGAUCUUCAUCAACGACAAGAAGACGGGAACAGUAGACACCUUCUGGAACCCCUCCCCCGACCUGAGGCAGAGUCGCCUCACCCGCUGCACCGUACCACCUGAGGAGCAGGGGGAGUUUGAAUCUGAGAGACUGUGGCAGCAGGUGACGCGCGCCAUCCUCAACAAGGACCAGACUGAAGCCACCAACGAGAAGUUCAUCCUGGAGGAGAGUCAGAGGAAGUCUGCACGGGAGAGGAAAGCCAAAUGUGAAGACUGGAUCCCAACUCUGUUUGAGCAGGACUCCAUCACUGGAGAGUGGCAUUAUAAAUAUGCUGACACAAGACCGUGGGACCCCCUCAACGACUUGAUCCAGUUUGAAAAGGAGGGCUGCAUCCAGACCAAGGUCCGACACCGCACCCCCAUGGUGACGGUGCCAAAGCGCAAACACAAGAGUGACAAACCUAAAAGCCCAGAAAGUGGCUGCUCUUCCCCUGAACUUGACCGCCAGGACUCCUCUGGAAGCGAGCGGCACAAAAGUAAACACAACAGUCGUCUGCGUAAGAAGGGAACUGACCUGAGUGAACUACAAAAUGCCAUCGAGUCCAUCAAGCGGACACAGGAGGACAUUAACAGGAGUAUGAGCGUGCUGCGAAGUCGCACCGCGGGCCGAGCGGAGGGCGCCUCCUUCCUGCAGCAGCGGGAUUACAUCAUCAUGGUGGCUCUUAUCCUCCUGCAGGUUCUCAUCCACUACGUCUUCAAGUAGCAGCCGUGACACACCUGGCUCAUCACCUACUCCAAAUGUGGCUUGCGGACUCUUUUUUUUUUUUUUUUGGGUUUCCCUCUUCUAGCCACAAAGUCAUGACAAUUUAUUUGAAAUUUGCCCCAAAACUUGAAACAAAAUACAUUUUUAUUAAGCACUCAAAUCCAAAAUACUCCACAGAUUUUUAAGUGGAGAGCACAGACGUUUUUAACGGGAGAGGAACUACUUUGUUGCUGUUGUUUACCUGGAACCACACACACACACACGUGUAUGUAUAU